AUGAGCACAGAAAACAUUUUGUGCAUAGCACUUAGGUUUUUUGCGUCUGGCCAUUUUUUGUACAGUGUGGGAGAUUCGGAGCAUGUGGGAAAGGCCACUGUGUGUCGAGCCGUUCGUUCAGUAUGUCUGGCACUUAAACAGUUCUUAGCCACGUUUGUACGGUUCCCUGGCCAUAAACCUCUGCUUGUUAUUAAAGACGAAGUCCACAGAGUGGCAGGGUUUCCAAAUGUAAUUGGAUUCAUUGAUGGCACUCACAUUCCUAUUAAAGCUCCAUCAAUAAAUGAGGGAGAUGUCAAUAGGAAAUCUGUUCAUAGUAUCAAUGUGCAGGUAAUAUAUGAGGCAAUCCAAAUAAUUAUAUAUUAUAAUGUCGAGGCAAAAUGGUCAGGAUCUGUGCAUGAUGCCAGAAUUUUCCGCGAGUCAUCAUUAUGCCAGGCAUUUCAGCAGGGACAGUACAAUGGUUACUUCCUGGGGGACAGAGGAUACCCUUGUCUGCUCUAUUUAAUGACACCCUACCCUGAACCUGAGCCUGGACCACAGACACGCUUUAACCUGGCUCACAGCCGAACACGGGCCAAGGUGGAGAUGACUAUAGGGAUCCUCAAAUCUCGGUUUCAGUGUCUGCGUGGGCUCCGGGUUACUCCAGAGAGGGCAUGUGACAUUAUAGUGGCUUGUGUUGUGCUUCACAAUAUUGCCACUAUAAGAGGAGAGAGCCACCCUCCUUGUAUUGAGGAAGAUGGCCCAGAGGAACAUCUACAGAUUUUACAGACCAACAGAGAUGGAAGACUUUUGAGAGACAGGAUCUACAAGUUCUCACCUUAA